UGCGGCCCCACCCAAAACCCUAACCCUAAUCCCAAUCCCCACCCGCAAACCCUAGCCCUCGCCUUCCGCCGGAGAAAAUGGAGACCGUUGCCCUAGCGAAGGCCUCCGGCGGCGGCGGAGGGAACCUGGUGCUGAUCCUGGACUACGGCUCCCAGUACACCCACCUCAUCACCCGCAGGAUCCGGCAUCUCUCUGUCCUGUCCCUCUGUAUCUCCGGCACCUCCUCCCUUUCCUGCAUCGCCGAGCUGAAGCCCCGAGUUGUCAUCCUCUCUGGAGGCCCUCAUUCCGUCCACACCGACGGCGCCCCCUCCUUCCCCGACGGCUUCCUCCGGUAUGCCGAGGAGAACGGCGUGUACGUGCUCGGGAUCUGCUACGGGAUGCAGUUGAUCGUCCAGAAGCUUGGGGGAGUGGUCACUGUCGGAGAGAAGCAAGAAUAUGGGAAGAUGGAGAUCUCGGUGGAGGAGGAGGAGUGCGGGCUUUACGGGCCGGAGGCCCUCGGCGGGACUCAGACGGUGUGGAUGAGCCAUGGAGAUGAGGUGGUUAAGUUGCCGGAGGGAUUCACGGUGGCAGCGAGAAGUUUACAGGGAACGGUGGCAGCGAUUGAGAACCACUCCAAAAGGUUUUACGGGCUUCAGUACCAUCCGGAGGUGACGCAUUCUCCUCAAGGAAUGGUGACGCUGCGCCACUUUCUUUUUGAUGUUUGUGGAGUAACCGCUGAUUGGGAGAUGCAAGAUGUGCUUGAAGAAGAAAUAAAAGUCAUCAAAGAAAUGGUUGGACCAGAUGAACAUGUCAUUUGUGCAUUAUCUGGUGGAGUAGAUUCCACCGUUGCAGCCACUCUUGUUCACAAGGCGAUUGGAGACAGGCUGCACUGUGUCUUUGUUGACAAUGGGUUAUUGAGGUAUAAGGAGAGAGAGCGAGUAAUGUCAACCUUCCAGAGCGACCUGCAUUUGCCAGUUACUUGCGUUGACGCAUCUGAUCGAUUUCUUAGUAAGCUUAAAGGUGUUAAAGACCCAGAGUGUAAGAGAAAAAUCAUUGGAAGGGAGUUCAUAUCUAUUUUUGAUGAUUUUGCUCAAGAGUUAGAAAAAGAAUUGGGAAAGAGACCUACAUUCUUGGUUCAGGGAACUCUAUAUCCUGAUGUGAUUGAGUCAUGCCCACCUCCUGGAAGUGGAAGAACUCACUCCCAUACAAUCAAGAGCCAUCAUAAUGUUGGAGGACUUCCAAAGGACAUGAAGUUAAAGCUCAUCGAACCACUUAAGCUCCUCUUUAAAGAUGAGGUGCGAAAACUGGGAAGCAUUCUGAAUGUUCCUGAAUCAUUUUUGAAGAGGCACCCAUUCCCUGGACCUGGCCUUGCUGUUCGUGUCUUGGGUGAUGUUACAGAAGGAAAUGCCUUGGAGAUUCUACGCCAGGUAGAUGAAAUAUUCAUUCAAUCAAUAAAAGAUGCUGGUCUAUAUGAUUCCAUCUGGCAAGCUUUUGCUGUGUUUUUGCCAGUACAAUCAGUUGGGGUUCAAGGUGACCAGAGAACUCAUUCUCAUGUAGUUGUUCUUAGAGCAAUUACUAGUGAGGAUGGAAUGACUGCAGACUGGUAGUGGACAUUUGCAUAUUUAGGGAAAUACCUUUCUGUUGGUUGGAAGUCUUUUAAUGCACACACAUGGUUGUCUAAAAUGUGCUUUUGCCAGUAAUAUUGUCAUUAUGGUGCUAGGUUUCACGGUUUCAGUUCUAAUGGUUCUUCUAGUUUUUUUAUGUAAUUGGUUGGUAUUUCUACCAAAGAUGAAUUUGUCUAGUACAUAGCAGGUAUGGCAGGCUGUGUUGCCCUUGAAUGUUAAUUCUUUUGGAGCUUUUCCUUGUGCCAACAAUGCAACUGUACUGAUGGAAAUAGCACAUGUGCAUCUCAAUGAAAAUUUUAUCAAGACUUUCUUGUAGAUGGAUGCGAUUGUUUAAGAGCCUGACAGCAAAUGAAUUUCAUUAAUUGCAUUGACAUGUGCACAAGACAAUUUCUCUAUAUGCACUUUUAGUAUGAAAACAACAUUAUUUAUACGGUCCGUACAUGGCUGUGUGAUAUAGUCAGUCUCCAGCUUGUUGGAUAUUUCUUUGAUGCAUUUCCAGACCAUAUUUAUGUAUUCCUUAUUGACUUAGAUGUUUCCAGACAAACUAAGAAUACCAGACGUUGCACAUGCAAUUAUAGCCUAAUGGUUUAUUUCAUGGCUGCAUUUUCAGACCACAGAAUGAACUAGUCUGAAUACCUGAAGAUAACAAUGGUAUAUAUAUAAUCUAGUUUUACAUUUCAUAUUGUAGCGAGCACUUGAAUGCUGGAUGAGGGUAUGAGAAAGUUGAUAAAACCAGAUUUAACAUCUCUAGCAGCAAGAUUUAAUUAUUUUAGUCGUCUUCAGUCAUAUUUCAAAGUUACGCCCACAAGUAUGGCUCUGCGGGAUGUCCUUUAUCUUAUGUUCGAACUUCUCCUGUUUGAUUUAUGAUAUGUGAACCUGGAUGACACAAUCAGCACGUGCCAGAACCAUUGCACUGUAUUCGAAUCGCAAUAAAGGCUACUAUCAUGGAUGCUUGAUGUUCCAUAUAUGCACUUUUUGCCCCUUUACCCUAAUUAACCUCUCAUAUCUAACAAUAUCUUCUUCAACACAAAUCU